CAUUUCGUUGAUUUUGGUUAUCCAUGGCCAAUUCACCAAGCAGUUGAUGUCCCAUCAAUAGUUUUUCCUCGAUUUCCCAUAUUCCAUGAAUUAACUCAGCAGCUUCUCCGACGAGAUAUCAAACGGCACAUUGCCCACAAAAAAUUUUCGGUAAAAACAUUACCUUUUGCCGAUGAUCCGGCAGCUGCUAGUUGGUUCACCGUCGUUCUCCCGUCAGUAGUCUCGCUGGGCUCUUUCGAAGCCAAUAUAGCCCCAUCAACGUGCUUAAACGGCACAAGGCCGCUUCCUUUGGACCACUCGGUCGUUUUGUGGAAGAUAACGAUCGCCUCAUCGAGCACUCCAAAGGAGGAGAAAACAAAACACUGCUGAGUGUCUCCGUGGUGGUUUCCCCGGCAAGCACCCGUACAAAGAGUCUCCGAUGGGUGGAGUUAGGUCGGCGACGGAACGUAUAGACUCGAGAAAAUUAAAGUGAUGAAGUGAAGGGUAGAUUUUUCAACAGCAAUUCUUUUUCUGUUUUUCCCCAGUGGAAUAGUGAUUCAGUUGGCAGGGGAAAAAAUGUCUUCCUCCUUCCUCAACUACCUGCCAGAGGUUUCUCUGUAAAUUUAGCAGCUCCAACCUGUCAAGAAUUUCAAAGAAUACUCAAAAAGCGGAAGGAUAUUCAAUAUUGCUUUCUGAUAGUAAAUGAUAUUUUCUACAAAGUUCAUUCACCUUCUCCGCACGAACUCCACCUCGAACCCCUUUUGGCGUCACCACCUCAAAACCCUAACCACCUCCGCCGGCGCCGCCAAUGCCCCUUGCAAAGAUGACUACUUCGCCGCCAUCCACCACAUCUCCAAUAUCGUCCGCCGAGAUUUCUACAUGGAGCGCACCCUCAACAAGCUCCGCAUCUCCGUCAACUCCGAACUCGUCUUUCGUGUUCUUCGCGCCUGCUCUAACUCCGGCACUGAGUCCUUCCGCUUCUUCAACUGGGCUCGAUCCUACAACCCUUCUUACCAACCUACGUCUGUGGAAUUCGAAGAGAUGGUGAAGAUCCUUGCUCGCGCCAAGAAAUACGAGACCAUGUGGAAGAUCGUUCAACAGAUGAAGACCCAGAACCUGAGUUUGUCUCCCGAGACUGUCUCAUUCGUUAUUGAAGAGUAUGGCAAGCAUGGCCUUGCGGACCAAGCCGUUGAGGUCUUCAACAGGUCCAGGAAAUUCAAUUGUCCACAAAAUGUGCAGGUACACAAUUCUCUGCUUUUUGCGCUCUGUGAGGUGAAAAUGUUUCAUGGGGCUUAUGCAUUGAUACGUAGGAUGAUAAGGAAAGGGGUGAAUCCUGAUAAGAAAACUUAUGCUAUUCUAGUGAAUGCUUGGUGCUCAUCAGGGAAAAUGAGAGAGGCUCAGGAGUUUUUGGAGGAAAUGAGCAAGAAGGGGUUUAACCCCCCAGUGAGAGGUCGUGAUCUUUUGAUUGAAGGUUUGUUAAACGCGGGCUAUUUUGAGUCAGCCAAAGAAAUGAUGAGGAAAUUGAUUAAGGAAGGGUCUGUACCUGAUGUAGAAACCUUCAACACGUUGGUAGAAGCAUUGUCUAAAUCUGAAGAGGUUGAGUUUUGUGUAGGUCUUUACCAUGAAGUGUGUAAAUUGGGUCUUGCACCAGAUAUUAACACUUAUAAGAUCCUUAUUCCUCCAAUUUCGAAAUUGGGUUUGAUUGAUGAAGCAUUUAAGCUCUUGCAUAAUUCAAUUGAGGAAGGGCAUAAGCCAUUCCCCAGUUUAUAUGCACCCAUAAUUAAGGCACUCUGCAGGAGGGGUCAGUUUGACGAUGCAUUUUGUUUCUUCAGUGAUAUGAAGGUUAAGGGGCAUCCCCCCAACCGUCCCGUCUAUACAAUGUUGAUAACCAUGUGUGGUCGUGGAGGCCGAGUUGUUGAUGCUGCAAACUAUUUGGUGGAAAUGACAGAGCUGGGAUUAACACCAAUAUCUCGGUGUUUUGACAUGGUUACUGAUGGAUUGAAGAAUGUUGGUAAACAUGAUUUGGCUGGGAGAAUAGAACAACUGGAAGUUUCUUGUCGUGGUGUUUGAUAAGAUCUGCCUUUCUCUGGUGUUGGAUUGUGCCUAAGAAACACGUGCUGGAAAAGAAAGUAGUUCAUGUGUUUGGUCAUCAUUCAUGAAAACUUCAAAAGCAAUGCCCAUGUCCAUUUUUGGAUGUGUGCUUCCUAGCAUAUGAAAAAUGCUUGGAAAUCGCCGUAGUUUGGUGGUAAAAUUUUCUUGAUACACAAAAACUAUACAUAGAAGACUUCAAGUUUUGUCUUUCACAGUUUGUAUUUAUUCUUUCUAGCCUGUAUCAGACAUGGAUGAUUUUGCUAUUGCCUGGUUUUAGAAAGUUCCUGUUUUUGUACACAAACCAGCAUCUAGGAGCGAAUACGGAGGCUAUUGUAAUUGCCUGCCCGCUGCAUUUCCGUACUUUAUUCAAAUGAGCCGGGCAAACAGUUAUAAAUUCGUAAAUUAGUUAUCUUCCAUUCUGCCAACAUGAAUUCCUUCCCUUAAUGAGCUUUC